UACAACCUUAAUGCGACUACGAUGACAUUUGACACCAUGGACGAUGUUUCUGCAGUGAAGUCGGUCUAUCAAUCAUGGCCUUUCGAAGUAACUGUCCAAACUCAAUUGCUGCGCUCACCACCUCAUGAUCCCUGCUUCCAUCCCACUCAGGGAUAGAACCCGAUUUCACUGAAAUUCUUCAUUGCUACAGAUACUUCCAACUUGGAUAUACAACUCGAGGCCUUACACUCUCUUCAUUACAAAUGGCGCCCACCUUAUAGACUCGACUUGAUCAAAUCGGCAGCCCGCUCGGCGAUGCCAUAAACGGUUGCCUGAGGGUUGGCACGCACUGUAAUGGGCACAAUGGAAGCAUCAGCCACCCGCAAGCCACGGAUUCCAUGCACCCGAAGCUUCUCAUCUACCACUCCACCAAGCUCCCUAGGCAUCAUGGAGCAAGUACCCGUGAAAUGAUGAGCGCCAACUGCUGUCUUACGCACAAACUCUUUGGCUUCGUCGAGGUCUGUCAAGGCGUUGGCAGGGUUGCGCUUUCCGCUCGGCUUCAGUUGACUGCGGAGCGGCUCGCUUGCGGCGAUCUUCUCCAGGAGCUGGAUAUGUCUGGCCAGAACCUCGACGUCGAAUGGGUGCGAUAGGUACGCGGGGUCGAUGGCGACCGCGGGUGAUUCAAGGGACGCAGAAGUGAUGUGACUUGACCCUCGCGACAGGGGAUGAGCGAGGAGCAGCGCUAUUGUGAAGUACUUCUCUUCGCCAGGCGGCGGUGCUGCCAUAGUUCCGUCUCCGCUGAACAAUGCGAAUCCCGGCAACGACAGAUAGUACCCCGACGGUUCCGAAGACGACGUCAAGACGGAUCGCACGUAUCCCUCGAGGGCCUUUGUGAACUCCGGCGUCGCGCUUGUUUUGGGGCCGCUCAGCUUGUCAAGAAGUUGGGUGACAUCCUCGCCAGCGGGCAGAGGAAGCUGUGCAGUCGCUACAGUGCCGCUCCUCGAGAACGGCCCAGUGCCCUUACCAUACGCCUCCAUCGCAGCUCCGACAGCAGCCGGUUCCUGACGAAUAAUGCCAUCCAUGGUAUCGAGCUCUGGGAGGGCCUCAAAGCUUGCACCGACCAUGACGUGGUUCUGCAGGUUUUCACCGACAUGCGGGUUGUCAAGAACGACCUCGAUGCCGAGUUUACGGAGAAGCUCCCCACUUCCAACACCGGAAAGCUCAAGAAUCCGUGGCGAGUUGAGGGUGCCAGCAGUCAAGACAACCUCCUUCUGUGCCUUUGCUGUUGUUGUCUCUCCAUCCUUGGUGUAUUGAACGCCAUCGGCAACAAUUUCGCCAGCCUCUGAUCUGAAGACGAUCUUCUCUACCAACGCUCCGGUCACAACCGUCAAGUUGGUUCUAGACUUUGCCGACUGUAGAUACGCGCUGCCGGCGUAACUCCUCUGCUUUGUCUCCGGGUCUAUAGUGUCCGGUGUGAGACUGCUGCCGACUCCCUGCCCACUCAAGGGGUCACAAGAAUCGGGGAAGCCUAGACUACGGAUCGUAUCUUGCCAGAUUUUGGGCCAGAAAGACUCGACGUUGUCCGGCAGAGACAACUUCAGUGGCCCUGUGCCCUCACCAGAAGCGAUGGAGUAGGCCUUCUUGGAGGCUUCAUUGAACGUAGGCCAGUCCCAGCUGGGGUUGCCCAAGCUGGCCCACGCCUCAACGUUGGACCGGGUGGUGAUAGUAAAGGAGAGGCCAUUGAGUGCACCUGAGCCACCAAGGAGACGACCUUGAGGGACAGCAAUCUCACGACCACCUAGGCCAUCCUGCAAGCGAUUCACUAUCAGUAAAGCGGACUCCCAGAAAGCAGCUGCUGGUCUGAGAAACACUUACUUGGGGCACCGUUCGGAACUGCCAGUCAGAGGGCGUUUUGACAAGACUGGGACCCAGUGCGGGAAUAUUGACUCGAGGGUCUGCCGUUUGGUCUUCGCCCGCUUCGAGCACUAGGACCUGGACAUUUGGGAUCUCGGAAAGACGAGUGGCAACUACUAAGCCGGCGACGCCGCCACCCACGAUGAUAAAGUCGUAUUUUGCAGCCAUUUUGAGAGACGGUAUGAUGAGUAACGCGAUACGAGUGAUUCUGCAAGAGCAAAAGACUUCGUUGGAACUUCGGUGACUGUUAAAUCAUGGCAGGUUUCCGAGCCCGAGACGUCUAAGAUUGUGUAGGAUUGCGGCAAAGCAUUAGUCGCCGUAGCGCCGAGCGCCCAUCCGGCAUCUCCCCCGCGGGCGGCCGUAUUGCACCAACAUACGACACUGAGCCGGCCAACCGUUUCCGGUACCGUUCAAGCAGGUUCCACUGCAGGGUUGCAUCCUUACGACUUUGUUUCUGCAUCAGGGGUAUGACAGUUUGGGACGCAGACCCUCUCACUUCCCUGGACCCCCGGUCAACGACCGUCAAGGGACAACCCGGUCGGUUUCCGGAUAUCAAGGUUAUCGGGAUGACCCAUGAUCACCGCGGCGCGAUAUUCAACUAUGUACCUUUGAUCAACGAGUACGGCCUCUGGGAUGGAAUGGCAGACGUUACGAUGCGUGCUGGUUUACAUCCCAGUUAUUGGACACUAGUCAGUUCCUGUGGCAUGCUGUUACCCCUCAGGUAACUCACGACAGAUUGUCGAGGGAUGGACUGGACCCAGCCGAGGAUGGCACUAGGCAUCAUGUCGGGUUUCGAUGACUGCUCGACUGGCGGAUGUUUAUCGAUUCCGGACUCAGGACGAGUUAUCGGUGGUAGACUUCAAGAGAAGAGCGCCUCGAGGUGGAUGUAAGUGACCAAGUGCAACACACAAACUUCAUCAUGAGUGUUCUUCUCGAUUCAAGCUACCAGGCCGUCCUGUUCUACGUCCUUGGCCUCCUUUGCGGCGUCGCCGUUCACUUGGGUAUUUUUAUUCACGGAGAAUGGCAUGUACAGGCUCCUCAAAUUGCUCUGGGUCACUUCUGGCUGUUCUCUUGUUUCGUGGCUCUCAGCCGUUACUACAAGGGCUCAGUUGUUGGUGAUCUAUGCCACUCUCUCUUGACACUAUCAGCUGGGUACUUGCCUGGACUUUUUACCAGUAUCAUCCUCUACAGAUCCUACUUCCAUCGUUUGUCAACUGCUGGCUUCAAAGGACCAUGGUACGCCCGAGUCACCAAGCUGUGGCACGUCUGGGCCUGCAGAGGCUGCAAAAAUCAUCUGCUCUUGGAAGAUUUACACGAGCAGUAUGGAGACUUCGUGAGGACAGGCCCCAGUGAAAUCACUGUUUUCCACCCAGGAGUCUUCAUGGCUGUAGAUGGUCCCCGGUCUGAAUGCAUCAAGUCUGAGUGGUACGACAUUCUGCACCCCGAUCGUGCGCUUGUGACAACACGCAUCAAGCCCAUUCAUGCUGCCAGACGGCGUGAAUGGAACCGUGGAUUUUCGGCACAAGCCCUUGUUCAACACGAGUCAAAGAUUCUCAAGUAUAUUGAGCAGCUGGACGUCUGCAUCGAGGCGGAUGCCAAAGCACACGUUGCUUCGGAAGUGCGGAACCUGUUCUUUUGGUUCGGGUUUGAUGUCAUGGGAGAUUUUGUCUUCAGUAAGUCGUUUGAUAUGCUGCACCAGCAGCAGUGGCACCACAUCAUCGUGCGGCUGCAGCGUGCUCUCUCGCUGCUUGGACCGUUCAGCCCUGCUCCAUGGCUCAUCCAGGUCGGCUUCAAGCUGGGACCGCGAAUCAGCGUUCUCAAGGACUGGUUCGACAUGGUCGCCUGGUGUGAGCAACAGAUGCGUGUUAGACUUGAUGAAGGAACUCCUAAGCCAGCCGUUCCUGAUCUCGCCUACUACUUGAUGGAGCUGAACGACGGCCAGACUGAGCUCAAGGAUCGUUUGCCGUGGCUUUAUGGCGACAGCUUGCUCGCAAUUGUUGCUGGAAGCGAGCCGACGGCUGCUGCCUUGAUUGGUAUCUUCUGCGAAUUGGCUAAGCACCCUGAGCACGCCGAGAAGGUCUAUGAAGAAUUGAGAGACGUCGACGCUACCAACCUUAAGACGCUCACGAGCCUCCCGCACCUCAAUGCUGUCAUCAACGAAGGUCUCCGCUUGUACCCAGCCCUUCUCACCGGCGGGGCUAGGAAGACGACGGAGAACGGGGCCACGAUCGGUGGGACUUUCAUCCCGCCCGACACGACAAUCAUUGCCCCGCGUCACGUUAUAUCCCGAAGGGAGGAUUGCUUCGAGCGCGCCAACGAAUUCAUCCCUGAGCGAUGGAGUACGCGGCCAGAGAUGAUCCGCAAUGUUGCAGCUUUUGCGCCAUUUGGAACAGGCCACCACAGCUGUCUUGGUCGUUUCCUGGCCACCGACACUAUGAGAUUUGUUGUUGCCAGACUUGUGAAGAAGUACCAUUUCCGCCUCGCACCAGGAGAGACGGGCAACCGCGUCUUUGACGACGUGAGGGAUCAGUUCACCUCCAAUCCGGGUCCCCUGUCGCUGUGUUUCGAGUUAAGGUGA